AUGCACUCCAUCGCCCCCAGUAGCCCCCUCCUGCUCACCUGGAAACGCCAGAACCCGCCCAAAUCCCCUGGCUUUGACUGGGAGAUGUACCGCUACACGCCUUCUCUCGUAGGUGCUAUAAUCUGUAUUGUUGUAUUUGCAGCCAUGGCCGCUCUACACGUACUUCGCUUUUUUCGGUCCAAGAACCGCAUCAUCAUUUUCCUUGUCAUUGGUGCUUUAUGCGAAGUAGGAGGCUACAGCGCACGUAUUGCUUCGCACUUUGAUAAUCAAGCCUGGGGCCCGUUUAUCACGCAGGGUGUGUUGCUGCUGGUGGGACCGCUGUGGUUUGCUGCGACGGUGUAUAUGAUGCUUGGUCGUACGAUAAGAUUGGCGGGUGCGGAGGAUGUUGCGAGUGUGGGGGCGAGGUGGUAUACGAGGGUUUUCGUUACGGCGGAUGUUACGACGUUGAUUGUGCAGGGGUUAGGUGCUAGCAUCAUGGGUACGAUGCAACUUUCGCUCGCUAUAGCGGGUGAGAAAAUUGUUAUUGCGGGGCUUGCGAUGCAAGUUGCUACGUUUGUGGUUUUUCUCAUUGCGGCAGGGGAUUUUCACAUGCGGAUGAGAAGGCGUGUUGCGAUAGCUUCUACGCCUGUGACUAACACGCCGUGGGAGAGGAUGCUGUAUAUUCUUUACAGUGUCAGUGCACUCAUUCUCUUGCGAUGUGUGUUCAGGUUGAUCGAGUAUUCGAUGGGGAAUGCGGCAUAUCUCAUUGCGCAUGAGUGGACGCUAUAUUGCUUUGAUGCGGUGCCGAUGUUUUUGGUGCUUGUAUCAUUGCUAGUGUUUGAACCUUCAUGGUAUGUUACGCAGGAUGGUGCUGAGAAGGUACAAACACAGACCGAUUGCGAGGCUAGGGAGGUAAAGUAA